AGAUAGUAUUGCCUCAUCAGCAACUUCUAUCUCUCCCAGCUAAUCUAUAUAAACCUUUGUAGUCCUCUUCUUCAUUAACUUUGGUCAAAGAUGGCCCACAAGCACGAUAUGGACAGCCCGUCAUCGAUCACUUCACGCCUACAGUCAGGUCUCAAUUUGAUCUUCGGCGCAUUUAUGAUGUGCAUCAUAUCAGUAAGUCACACGCUACAAGCUCUAUUACAUAUCAUAUGCGAACCGUUGCAAUUGAUAUCGCUUCCAUUACACAAUGCAUCUCGCAUUAUGCUGUUGCGCUUAGGAUGGUCUCCUGUGUUCGCGGGUAUGCGCUUUGCGAAUAUGCGUUUAGUUGUUACGGGCGACCAUGACGCAGUAGCCAUGUCUAGUGCACAAGACUCAGUCUAUCUACCAUUAAUGAAUGGCGCGUGCAAGGGUAAGCCACCCAAAAUGGUGAUGGGGAAUCAUCAAGUGUAUGCCGAUACGUUCAUGAUCGGAUACUAUAUGCAUACAUUAAACCAGGCGGAUGGAGGUAUGGUAUGGGCUCUGUGGAAAAUAUUCAGAGCUGUGCCAUUGGGGUGGGCAUCCUGGGGGUCCGGUCACAUGUUUCUCGGGUUUGGAGCUGAAAGAGACAAAAAAACUAUGCAAGAAAAGAUCAAGACAUUCCCAAAACGGGAAUACACCAAUCUGUGCUUUUAUCCUGAGGGCGGCUUGAUAACACCUGUGUUGCUGAACAAGGCCAACACGUAUGCCGAGAAGAACGGAUUGCCUGUCAUGGAAAAUGUGAUGCUCCCUCGGACAGUCGCAUUCACCCAGACCGUAGCUGCCUUCAAGCAAAUUUGUGGACAGGAGCAAGAUAUAUUUGAGAAUGAAGUGAUCUUUCGUCGAGAAGGUGGUAUGCAGAGUCCGAAGAGUGGUAUUGAGUUGACUCCCGAUGGUGACGUGAUUGAUAUUACUAUAGGAUAUCCGAAGAAUACCCCAUGGGGCCGUGGUGAUUUAUAUAACAUGCUAGACUUAGUCAAGUACCACUCCGAACCAGUUGACGUACAUAUGCACGUGAGAAAAUACAAGCUGUCGGACGUGGGUAGCACAGAGAAAGAUAUGAUCAAUUGGCUGUAUGCUCGCUGGGUGGAAAAAGAUGAACUAAUGCGUGACUUUAAAAGAACUGGCAAGUUCCAUGGUGAGGAUCAAGUUAAAAUAAGUUUGAGCAUGAAUAGAGUGCUGAAGGAUUUGGCUCUUUGGGCACCUUUUAUGGCAGUGUUUUGUGCUGUGAUAGGAUUUGGAGGCAUCCGGUUUGCAUACAUGGCCAGUACCGUCUUCUACAUGUUUAUGGUGACGGGUGCAGCUGUAAGUGCAACAAUGACAGCUACAAUUAUUAUCUGGGUGAGCGGAGUCUGUGCGGCAGUUGUUGCCGCAAUGUAUGGGUUCAGCCCAUUGCUUGCAGUACCUUUAGGUUUGAUUCCGAGCAAGGUGUCAGAAGCAAAGUAAAAUCUUAAUGAGUUUGAUCAAUCUUAGUAUGGCAUACAAACAGCGACAAUGCUCUGUAAGAAGUAUAUACUAGCUUGUCAACUCGGCCUGCCGGAUUCGGCAUACCCGCUCAGCACAUCUCGUUGCGGACAACUGCAGGAAUAUAACACAACGAAUCGUAAAGCAAGAAGCAUGCUUUGAGCAAUAGUCAGGCACCCGAGUGUAUAGUUCUCACCAACGGUUUCGAAAUAUGGUAUAAAAGUACGAUGCGAAUGUAACGAAAUUAAUCCAAGACACAAAUGUUUGUUUCAAUAGUAAAGGAGUUGAAUACAUUGCCUAUCUGACUCAUAUUAACAACCUUCAUGAUGCUACAUGGGAAAACCACAGCAACUAAAAGUCGAAACAGUGAAACCCCACAAUUGUAUCACAGCCGAUAGAAAAUUAAUCCAUGAGAUUUAUAAUAUAUUCAUACAUACAUACAUACAUGAACAUAUAUAAAUA